CAACGAGACCGCGACUGACCGAGUGUUAUAGAUUGCUUUGUAACUUUACUGCUAGGUCUGGAAUCUUGGUCCAGAUUAAAUAGAUCUAAUAACAAGUCAAAUGCUAAUCAAAAUCGAAAGUCGAAAGGUUUGGAUAGGCUGAAUCUACUUGUGAACUUUUCCUGAAGUGCCGGACGAUGAAGUUCAAAACUGUGCGAGAUGGUCAGAGAGCCAUCAUACUGAACCAUCUGGGAGAAGGUCGGAUUAUUGAAGGGCCACAAAGGGUGUUCUUGUUUCGAGAACGCUUCAAGUUCCUGCGACCCAACACCGCUGACCGCUUCCAGUAUGUGGAGAUUCAGGAGAAUAACGGAUCCAUCAUACACAGACACGGGCCGUGCCAAGUUUUCAACAACCCUCUCACUUACUCAGAGGUCAAAUGUCAAGAGGCACAAUGUGUCGACGCAAACCACAUGUUGGUGGUGUACCGGCGACUCAAGGGAGGUCACUCACAGCGUAGGAUCGUCAAAGGGCCAGCACUCUUUAUCCCAGAGGCAGAAGAAUGGGUUCACGAGUUCGUUUGGCACGGCACGGAUCCAGAAAACAAAACACGGAUGGUACCAGGGCUGAACAGAUUCCAUCGGCUACCCACCAUUGCGGAGAAUUUUUACUACAAUGUGAGGGGUACAAGAAGUUUGUGUCGUGUACUGACCACCUGAGCCGUCUGGAGACCUACCCACAGCUGUGUCAGAGGGCGCAGCGGGUCGGGUUCACAGUUCAGAAGGUCGUCUUCAGGGGUUAUCACGCCUCGGAUCAGCUGCAGGCUAUGCAGAACAGCGCGAUAGAGUCGCGGACAGAGCUCCGUCUGGAGAGAGAGAUACAGAGCCAACAGCAGGAACUGACCGACUUCUUGUUGAAGAAACAGCGGGAGAGGAGCACACUGGAGCAAGGCAUGCAGGUUCGUCGCCAGGCCCACCAGCAGCGCGUGGAGAAGCUGCGACAAGACCACCGUCUGGCCAUGGAGGAGAUGAGGCUGCAGCAACGACUACAACUGUCCAGUCUCGAGACCACCGCCGAUCUGGAGAUGAGAAGACAGAAAGACGAGCACAGAACGGAUCACCUGAAGGCGCUGGCGCAGGUGGAAGUAGACCUCACCCGCUACCUCAACCUUCACAACGACACGGCUCCUGCCGAGGAGAUCAGAGUUGUGGCCCCUGCGACGUCAGCUGGCUCGUCUCUUUGAGGCUGUGGAGGAUUUCCUCUCAACUCACACUCUCUCUCUCUGUCCUCUCUCUCUCUGUCCUCUCUCUCUCUCUUCUGGCGCUGUGACGUCUUUAACGGUCAGCGAUGCCGACAGCACGAAGGAAGUCAACGCUUGCUCGGGGGUCGUUGAAAAGUGCUGAGCAAAUGAGAGGGAAUGAGACAGUAGGGAGGUGCCGUUUGGCGAGGUACAGACACCUCACUCAUUGACGCUUCUUUUGUUGUUUACUUCCUCACCCGCUGGUCGGGACAGGUGGUUGUUGAUGGUCAUUGUAUCCUGUUGUGUGCUGGUCGGGACAGGUGGUUGUUGCUGGUGGUUGUAUCAUAUUGUGUGCUGGUCGGGACAGGUGGUUGUUGAUGGUGGUUGUAUCAUAUUGUGUGCUGGUCGGGACAGGUGGUUGUUGAUGGUCGUUGUAUCUUAUUGUGUGCUGGUCGGGACAGGUGGUUGUUGAUGGUGGUUGUAUCAUAUUGUGUGCUGGUCGGGACAGGUGGUUGUUGCUGGUGGUUGUAUCAUACGGCCAAGUGAAUGAUUGGGAGGCGGCACUAGUACUACUAGUAGGCCCAAGUUUUUCUCUUUCUCCCUUUUUAUUUCUGUCUGUCUGUCUGACCUUUUCCGAGGCACUAAACUGUAGGAAACUAAACGACUAUCACGGUAUUCUUGUGUUUCCCUCCACUCAAAACUCUUUGCUGUGGCUAGUGCUGUUGUAACUGCUAGUGCUGUUGUAACUGCUAGUGCUGUUGUAACUGCUAGUGCUGUUGUAACUGCUAGCGCUGUUGUAACUGCAGUAACCCCCAACCCCCAACCUCCUACCCCCCAAUCUUCAACCCCCCAACCCCUAACCCCCACCCACAGACCCAUGACAAAAACGAUAGUCACUGCUCUGGGUUCGUAACUUUGACCAGAGAGUUGAAAUAUUUCGCUCUCUUUGUUUUGUCUAGGCUGUGAUUUAGUCGCUUUUAAGGACAAGCGGGCUAACCCAGAUUUCGGAGGUUUUCAGAAAUCUUGACCUACACUA